AUGGACCAGCGGCAGGAGCGGGACCGGCGGCGGACGCUGCUGCUGGUGAACCUGGCGUCCAUCAUGGAGCGCGCCGACGAGGCUCUCCUGCCGGCGGUGUACCGGGAGGUGGGCGCCGCGCUGCACGCCACCCCCGCGGGGCUCGGCGCCCUCACGCUCUGCCGCUCCGUCGUGCAGGCAGCCUGCUACCCGCUCGCCGCCUACGCCGCCGCGCGCCACAACCGCGCGCGCGUCAUCGCCGUCGGGGCCUUCCUCUGGGCCGCCGCCACCUUCCUCGUCGGCGUCUCCGACACCUUCUUACAGGUUGCAAUCUCACGAGGCCUGAACGGCAUCGGCCUGGCUCUGGUGGUGCCCUCGAUCCAGUCCCUGGUCGCAGACUCCACCGACGACGGCACGCGCGGCUCGGCGUUCGGCUGGCUGCAGCUCGCCAGCAGCCUCGGCCUCAUCUCCGGAGGCUUCGUCGGCCUGCUGCUGGCGCAGACCACGGUCCUCGGGAUCGCCGGCUGGCGCAUCGCCUUCCACCUCGUGGCUGCCAUCAGCAUCGCCGUCGGGAUCCUCAACUGGUUCUUCGCCGUCGACCCCCACUUCCCCGCCGGCGACGACAGCACCACCGCCAACCACCAGCGCGACGGCAAGCAGCCGGCCACCGCGCGGGAGGUCGUGGCGGAGAUGAUCGAGGAGGCCAAGUUCGUGGUGCGGAUCCCCACGUUCCAGAUCUUCGUGGCGCAGGGUGUCAGCGGCUCGUUCCCGUGGUCGGCGCUCUCGUUCGCGUCCAUGUGGCUGGAGCUCAAAGGGUUCAGCCAUGGCGACACCGCCGUCCUGAUGACCAUCUUCUGGGUCGCGAGCUCCCUCGGCGGCCUGCUCGGGGGGAAGAUGGGCGACUUCCUCGCCGUGAGGUACCCCGACGCCGGCAGGAUCGUGCUCUCCCAGAUCAGCCCCCUCUCGGCGGUGCCCAUGGGCGCCGUGCUGCUGCUGGGCCUCCCCGACGACCCGUCCAAGGGCGUCUCCUACGCCGUUGUCCUGUUCGUCAUGGGCUUGCUAAUGUCCUGGAACGGUCCCGCCACGAACUUCCCUAUUUUUGCGGAGAUCGUCCCGGAGAAGUCAAGAACAAGUAUCUAUGCCCUUGACCGAUCAUUCGAGUCAGUGCUAUCAUCCUUUGCCCCUCCAAUCGUUGGUCUCUUGGCUCAGCGUGUCUAUGGUUACAAGCCAAACGAUAAGGGGGAGAGUGUUCAACAAGAUCGGGAGAACGCCGCCUCCCUGGCCAAGGCGUUGUACACUUCCAUAGCGAUACCGUUCAUACUCUGCACGGCCAUAUACUCGUUCCUGUACUGCAGCUACCCCCGGGACAGGGAGCGUGCGCGGAUGCAGUCCCUGAUCGAGUCGGAGCUGCAGCAGAUGGAGCACGAGAGCACUUGCCUAGAAGAUGGUGAUGCCCGGCCCAAGGUCUUCGCCUUGGCGAAUGAUGGUGAAAGAGCUACCAUUGGUGUUACCUAUGACCAUAAGGAGGCUCCCGAGGGUGAGAAGGACACUGUGAGCCUGUUGGCGAACCGGGAAUCAUGAUAGGAAUUGGGGUCUCCAACCGAGGCAUUGUUGUAUUGAUGUUUCAAAAUGGAUCAGACAAGCAGUCCGUGUUAGACAAAGCUCGU